CCCGGCCCGGCCCGGCUCGGCUCGGCUCGGCCCGCUUCGUCCUGACAGUGGCAUGAAGCAGCUCGGCAGGGGGGUUCGGUUCGGUUCUUUGGGUAGUGAUGGUAAAUGAAGCUUCUGUUUGGAAAAUGGGUUCAUCACGCGAAGCUUCAGUUACAGCGACCUCUGCUGAGAGAGACAGACAGAGCUGGACCAUGUCUCAGGAGAACCGCCAUGAGGGGGACCAGUCCCAGGCCCAGUCCACCCAGUCCACCCAGUCCCCGUCCCAGGCCCAGUCCACCCAGUCCACUCAGUCCCCGUCCCAGGCCCAGUCCACCCAGUCCACCCAGUCCCCGUCCCAGGCUAAGUCCAGUUCUUCCAGCGGGUCGGGGACUGUCAGCAGCGUGGACACGCUCCCCGUCACUCUGCCGUCCGUCCCUGAGGAGCCGGAGCCGGAGCCCUGGGGACGCCUGCUGCCCAUGGCCCGAGGCUUCAGGAGCCACGACUGUCUGGAGGACCAGUACCUGUUUGGUCGGGACUCGAAGUGUAACUACGUUCUGGACGAUCCGGAUCACAGAGGGUCCAAAAAGUUCAGAAUCUACAGCAAGAAACACUUCAGGAUCUACAGAGACGGCUCUGAGGUCUUCGUCGAGGACUUCAGUAAUAACGGGACGUUUGUUGACGGCGUCCUGAUCGGUAAAGACCGGAAGCUUCCUCUGGUCAACAACGCCGUGCUCGCUCUGUCCGAGCAACGCAACAAAGUCUUUGUCUUUAUUGACCUGAUGUCAGACGAUCAGUCCAGUUUACCCAGAGAGCUUCAGGACAAAUAUCUGCUGACUCGGCGGAUCGGCACAGGCGUGUGCGGCGAGGUCAAACUGGCCUUCGAGAGGUCAACGUGUAAAAAGUUCGCCGUGAAGAUCAUCAACAAGAAAAACUUCCAGUCUGAAGGGACGGCGACACGGAAUGCCAACACAGAGAUCGAGAUCCUGCAGAGAGUCGACCACCCUUGUCUCAUAAAGACGGAGGACUUCUAUCAGACAGACGACAAUUACUACAUCGUGUUGGAGCUGAUGGAGGGGGGGGAGUUGUUCCAGAGGGUGAAGUCUCAGCAGCAGCUCGAUGAGUCGGUCACUAAACUUUACUUCUACCAGAUGCUGAGAGCCGUCCAGUACCUGCACAGUAAGGGGAUCAUCCACAGAGACCUGAAACCAGAGAACGUCCUGCUGUCCUCACAGGACAACGUCUGUCUCAUCAAGGUGACAGACUUUAACCAGUCUCGUAUCCUGGAGGAGUCUCUGUUGAUGAGGACUCUGUGUGGGACUCCGUCUUACCUGGCUCCGGAGGUCUUCACCCAGGCGUCCACCACCGGCUACAGCCUGGCUGUGGACGCGUGGAGCCUCGGAGUCCUGCUCUUUGUGUGUCUAGGUGGUUACCCUCCGUUCCAUGAGAGUUUCUCUCAUCACUCCAUCACAGAGCAGAUCAUCAGAGGAGAGUUCACCAUGGUCCAGUCCAAGUGGAGACAAGUCUCUGACCAAGCGAAGGAUGUGGUCCGGAAGCUUCUGGUCGUUGAUCCGAGUCAGAGGAUGAAGAUCGACGAGGCUCUGCAGCACCCCUGGUUACAGGAUGAGGAGAUGCUGCAGACGGCUCACAGACUCAUGUAUCCCUCUGAUGCUGCUGUCGCCAUGGAGGCGGAGUCAGCCACAGGAAGCUUGAGGAGGAAACGAGGACGAGAGGAAGAGGAAGAGGAGGAGCAUCCUGCCAAACGGAGCCAAGCCCCGCCCACUGCCCCGCUGUAGAGGACCAAUCACAGCUCCUGUAGUCAUGUGACUCCGCUUCCUGUUCACUACUGAGACUGUAAAUAAAGUUUGUAACGUUUCUAAUAAAGUUUUUUUAUACAUUUCUCUUAA